UUUGUUGUUUGGGAUCAUAAGAGCCUCGUUACUGUGCCAGAGAGGUAACCCUGCGCAACGUGUUUCGUGCAACGUGAAUGUGGAAACAACCCCCUUAAAUGUUGGCAGCGCCGCCACUGUUACUGAGCGACACAGCACAGGCAGGCAGAAAGAAGAAGCAGAGGCGAAGGCAGAGGCAAAGGCAAAGUUGUGGAGUAGUUGUUUGGAUGUGGACGGAACGGAAGACUGGCGGCAACUAACCAAAUACAUGCUGGCUGUGGCAUCAAAAGCAGUACAUUGACAGGAGCACCUUGGAGCGGAGAGGAUAGCAAGCGACCGAUAAGCGGGAGCGAUAGCCAGCGAGCAAACCAAGAAAGCCGGGCGCGGACCAGAAGCAGCAGCCCAGCCAACGUCCUGGGCGCAGCGAUACAACCAGCAAGCAUCAUUAGCAGCCAGGCAGAUCCAGCCAGGAUCCGCACACGAACACGCACACCAAGAUGUCCAACGGCAAAGCGACAGUGUCGUUCUUUGAGAACGGUAGCACCACACAGUUCGAGUACUGCUACCAAAUGUACCCGCAGGUGCUCAAGCUGAAGGCUGAGAAGCGCUCUAAGAAGCCACAGGAGCUAAUCCGACUGGAUCAGUGGUAUCAGAAUGAGCUGCCCAAGCUCAUCAAGGCGCGCGGCAAGGAUGCGCACAUGGUGUAUGACGAGCUGGUGCAGACCAUGAAGUGGAAGCAGACGCGCGGCAAGUUCUAUCCGCAGCUCUCCUAUCUCGUCAAGGUCAACACACCGCGUGCCGUCAUCGCGGAGACGAAGAAGGCCUUCCGCAAGCUGCCCAAUCUGGAGCAGGCGAUCACAGCUUUAUCGAACCUCAAGGGCGUAGGCACCACCAUGGCCUCUGCCCUGCUUGCGGCCGCCGCACCCGACUCAGCCCCCUUUAUGGCAGACGAGUGCCUAAUGGCCAUACCGGGAAUCGAGGGCAUUGACUAUACCACCAAGGAGUACCUCAACUUCGUCAACCACAUCCAGGCCACAGUGGAGCGCCUCAAUGCGGAGGUGGGCGGCGAGACGCCGCACUGGUCGCCGCAUCGCGUUGAGCUGGCCCUUUGGUCGCACUACGUGGCCAAUGACCUCAGUCCCGAGAUGCUUGACGAUAUGCCGCCGCCGGGAGCCGGUGCAGCAGCUGGCAAUGCCACCGGGACCGCCACACUCAGCACAAACGGCAGCAGCAGCAAGGUGCUCGACGGCGAUGACACCAACGACGGCGUGGCCGUCGAUCUGGACGACGAGAGCCUGGGUGCAGGUGGUCGCAACACUGCUACAGAAUCGGAGACGGAGAACGAGAAUACCAAUCCGGCUGCACUGACGCCACUGCAGGUGGGUGAGGCCAAGAGCCACAGCAACACCGGUGCUGUAGGUACCGCUCUGCAAGACGGCGACUCUAACUUCGUGUCGAAUGAUUCCACCUCCCAGGAGCCAAUUAUCGACGACAACGAUGGCACCACACAGACAACGGCCACUACAUCCACGGAGGAUGGUGAGCCGAUAGCCAUGGGCAUUGGCAUCGGCAUCGGCAUCGGAAUCGGCCUGGGAGGCACUCCCCUUGCCUCUGAUUCAGAGAGCAACUUGGAGGCGCCGCCGAAAGGCAACAGCCUGACCGACUUGACUCCUGCACAGCCCACAACCCAGAAUCCGAAUCCGACAGAGACAGAGACGCCGAGCCAGCCCCACAAUAACAACAAGCAGAUAACCAACAAUGGACAGGUGGCUCCUCCAGCAGCAGUAGCAGCACCAGCACCAGCAGCAGCAACAGCAUCAGCAGCGGGAACAGCUCCAGCAGCCACAUCACCACAGGCCGCAAAAAAAGCGGGAGCGACUGCCGCAGCCAAUGGUAAUGGCAAUGGCAACGGCGUCCUGGCCGACGAUGAGGAAGAUGAGGCAGAGGACGAAGAGGAGGAAGAGCUGGACGAGGAUGAAGAGAAUGAGGCGGAGCUUGAGGCAGACGAGAGCAACAGCAGCAACAGCAUCGCGAGGGAUAGCAAACUGCAACAGCUGGCGGCGAACAAAUCGGCAGAAACGGUGGCGUCAGCGGGAGCCGCCGAUCCGGCGCCAGCCAUUGGACAGAAGCGCACAGCCCUGCACUGUGAGAUGGAGCUGAAUAACGCCGGUGGAGGAGUGGGUGUCGGAGUCGGAGUCGGUGUUGGUGUUGGUGAGAAGUCGCCGGAGUUAAAGAAACUGCGCAGUGAAUGAGUCGGAGGCGAGGAUACGAAAACGGAUACGAAUACGGAAGCCGAAACGGUAACGGGAACGGGGAUCGGUUCGGUUUGGUUCGGCUCGCCGUGUAUCCGGUGGAAAGACAUAUGUAUGUAGUGCAGUUGAGUCGACAUAGAGACAUAGAGCAACAUUACCUACACUUUACCACAACAACAUUCAAGAAAUUCUACUAUUAAGCAACUAAUUAUACAUACAUAUAAUAUAUUAUAUAUAUAUAUACAACAUAUAACGAGACGCAAACACACCCCCCACACACACAACACAACAGAACACGACACAACAACACCCUCUCAUACACACAACGCCACAUAGAGAACAGAACAGUACAGAACAGACCAGAUCAAAGCAAAUGAGAAUAGAAGAUCCCGAUCCAGCAGGCAGAACCACAGAGACAUUUCAAUAGCAUAGGAAGAAAGGAAAGAAGGAUGGAAGGAAGCGCGCCAAGAUAUAGAAUUUGAAUCUGAAUCCGAAUCAGAGUCAGCAGGAGCAGGAGCAGAUACAGAAACAGAAGAAUCCGAUCACUAUACCAUGCAGAGAGUUCAGAAUGCAGCGCUAACGUAACGUAAUAUUAUAAUUAAAACGAAAAGCAAAUAACUAUAAAGACAAAAUCAGAUGCAAAUCGAUAUUUUUACACAGUCAAAAUGAACAUUUAAAUAUAAAGAAAUUUACAAAUGCCGCAGUUGCCCACUACAUACAAAUAUAAAAAACAAAAUAAAAAUAAAAACAAAAAACGACAAAAAAAAACAAACAAAAAAGAAUGAGAAAAUCUUAAACGGAUGGAAAAAAAGAAAACAAUAAUUAUAAUAAAAGCCGAACAUUAAUUUAUAUACCUAAGUAUUUAAAUUUAACAAUAAAUCAAAACUUGUCGCAUAUACAACAAACUCCCCUCCGCCCGCGCUCUCUCCCUCUCUCUCUAUCUCUCUCUCUCUCUCAGACGACACUCACAACACACAACACACACCACACACAACACACAACACACAUAACAAUCGGAAGAAACACAAGCAAAACAACAACUCAUUUCAACACUAAGAAAUUUUUGUGGUCGUAAUUGUAAUAAUAUAAUUUAUAUUUUAUGUGUACAACAUUUUUUUUUAAACUAUA